CUGGCGACCCGGCGGCCGGGCUACGGGACGCUGCAGCGAGACGCCGAUAAAUCCUGCAUGGAGGUCACGGGCUACCAGACCGCGACGUGGCGGGUGGCCCUGUGCCACGCUUGCUCGGUGCUGACGGCAGGGCUGCUCCUCGUCCUCUUCCACUGGAAGCCCAGCCUGGAGGUGCAGGCGAAGUGCAAGCCCUGCGCCCUCGGCCAGGCCGACUGGGUCAUCAUCAGGGACCGAUUCGGACAGUGCUUCACCUCCCGGGUGCGCACCGAGGUGCUGGGCGAGGGCAGCCUGGAGCAUCACCCCGGGGCCAGGCUGGAGGACCGGAGGACCAGCAUCGCCGUCGGCGUGUCGGAAGAGGAGGAGAGCCGGGACACCAUCCGGCUCCACGAGAAGGAAGAGAAGAACGUCUUGCGGUACUAUCUCUUCGAGGGCAUGCGCUACGUCUGGAUCGAACGGCGGCAGGCGUACUGCAAAGUCAGUGUCUUGGAUGAAGGCUGGACCUGUGCAGAUCUCCACCUCUCCCAGGCUGGGCUCGACCAGCAAGACCACGACACCAGAAGGAAGAUCUACGGACCAAACCUCAUCGAGGUGCCAGUCAAGUCCUACGCGAGGCUGUUGGUGGAGGAGGUGCUCAAUCCCUUCUACAUCUUCCAAGUGUUCAGCAUCGUGCUGUGGGUCUGUGAUGCCUAUUACUACUACGCUGCCUGCAUCUUCCUCAUCUCCACCAUCUCCUUAGCGCUGUCCCUCUACGAGACAAGAAAGCAAAGUGCCACGCUGCAGAACAUGGCCAAGAUGUCGGUCGGCGUCCGAGUCCGUCGGCCCGGCGGAGAGGAGAUGGUGGUGAGCUCCGCGGAACUGGUGCCGGGCGACUGCAUCAGCCUCCCCACGGACGGGAUGCUGGUCCCCUGCGACGCCGCGCUGCUGACGGGCGAGUGCAUGGUCAACGAGAGCAUGCUGACAGGUGAGAGCCCGGAAAUACCACUACUUGGCCUCUGGAGAUUAACCCCUCUUCCGGCCGGCAGCCAGGCAGCCGGCACCGUCUAUUCCCCCGAGGAGCACAAGCGGCACACGCUGUUCUGCGGGACGCAGGUCAUCCAAGCCAAGUCCUACGUGGGGAGAGAAGUGCUGGCCGUGGUGACCCGCACAGGGUUUUGCACAGCCAAAGGAGAUCUCAUCAGCUCCAUCCUCUACCCCAAACCCGUGAGCUUCAAGUUCUACAAGGAUGCUGUGAAGUUUGUGCUGUUCCUCGCCGUCUUGGCUUUUGUCGGCACGCUGUACAGCAUCCUCAUCUUGGUUAAAAACCAGGUCCCUGUGGGGCAGAUCAUCAUCCGUGCCCUCGACCUCGUCACCGUCAUUGUGCCGCCGGCUCUCCCGGCUGCGAUGACGGUGGGCACCAUCUAUGCCCAGAACAGGUUGAAGAAACGGGGCAUCUUCUGCAUCAGCCCUCCCCGUAUCAACCUCUGCGGGAAGGUCCGCCUGGUUUGCUUUGACAAGACAGGAACGCUGACAGAGGAAGGGCUGGACGUCUGGGGGGUGGUCCCGCUGGAGAACGACCACUUCAUGCCCAUCGUCCACGAGCCCCGCUACCUGCCCGCCGGUCACUUGCUCUACUCCCUGGCCACCUGCCACACCGUCUCGCUGCUGCGGGCGCAGCCUGUCGGGGACCCCGUGGACCUCAAGAUGGUGGAGUCCACCGGCUGGCACCUGGAGAUGCUGGAAGAGGAGGAGGAAGGUGAGCUGCCCGUCUUCCAGCAGUUUGGGACGAAGGUCUUGGCUGUGAUGAAGCCUCCGCCCGAGGAAGAACAGCCACGAGACAGGAAGCACCAGUCGCCCGUGGGGAUCCUCCGCCGUUUCCCCUUCUCCUCCUCCUUGCAGAGGAUGAGCGCCUUCAGCCCUUUGGGAGCUCGAGCCCCAGCUCCCCUCGCUGGGUCUGCGCAGCCCAUGGUCGUUCAGGAUCGGUUCUGACCUUUGCUUUUCCCCUCGCAACUGGCAGUGCCCAUGGAUUUCUCCCAGAUGCUGCGACACUACACCACCGACGGUUUCCGGGUCUUGGGUCUGGCUUGCAAACCCCUGGGCACGGUGACCAACUUCGAGGAGGCCCUGCAGCUCCAGAGGGACUCUGUGGAGAGCAGCCUGACCUUCCUGGGGUUCCUUGUCAUGAAAAAUGUCCUCAAGCCAGAGUCCGCGCCCGUGAUUCACCUCCUGCGGAACGCCAGCAUCCGCCCCGUCAUGGUGACAGACAACAUGCUGACGGCCGUCAGCGUGGCCAAGCGCUGCCGGAUGGUGGAGCAGAAAGAGCGGGUGGUCUUCGUCAACGCCUCGCCGCCCAGCCACGACAAACCCGCCGCUCUGAAAUUUGUCCUGGCCGAGCACUCCCAGGGCGAAGAGCAGCCGGAGGGUCUGCACCCACGGGACGGCUGCUGCCUCACUGUCUCCCCCCACCCCCACCCCUGCCACUUGGCGCUGAACGGCAAAUCCUUCGCCGUGGUUUGCGAGCACUUCGCCGACCUGCUGCCGAAGGUGAGUCCGGCGGCGGGGAAGCCCUCCGGCAGGGUCUGCCUCUCCAGGGUUUCACGCUGCAGCCUCACAGCUCCAACCAAAACAACCUGCGGGGUCUACUGCGUGGGGAUGUGCGGGGACGGCGCCAACGACUGCGGGGCUCUGAAAGCGGCCGACGUCGGCAUCUCGCUGUCGGAGGCGGAGGCGUCGGUGGCCUCGCCGUUCACCUCCCGCGUGGCCAACAUCGAGUGCGUCCCCACCGUCAUCCGGGAGGGCAGGUGCUCACUGGUCACCUCCUUCGGCGUCUUUAAGUACAUGGCCCUGUACAGCCUGGUGCAGUUCGUGUCCGUCCUGCUGCUCUACACGAUCAACACCAACCUGAGCGACUUCCAGUUCCUCUUCUUCGACCUGAUCAUCACCACCACCGUGGCGGUGCUGAUGGGUCGGACCGGUCCUGCCCAGGAGCUGGGAGUGGAGCGUCCCCAAGGGGCGUUGAUCAGUGUCCUCGUGCUGGGCAGCCUGCUCCUCCAAACGGCUUUGCUCAUCACCGUGCAAGUCCUCAGCUACUUCAUCACCGUCUCGCAGAGCUGGUACGUGCCGCUGAACAGCACGGUGACGGCUCCCCAGAACCUGCCCAACUACGAGAACACGGUCCUCUUCUGUGUCACGGGCUUCCAGUACCUCAUCCUGGCCAUCGCCAUGUCCAAGGGGUACCCGUUUCGGGAGCCACUCUACACCAAUGUGCUAUUCUUGGUGGUCCUCAUCCUCCUUUUUGGCCUCAUGAUAUGGUUGACCCUCUACCCGCUGGGCUUCCCCAAAACCCUGCUGAAGCUGCAGGGCAUCAGUGACUUGAACUUCAAGCUGCUGCUGCUGGGCAUCGCCGUGCUCAACUUCUUCGCUGCCUUCGUGCUGGAGACCGCCCUGGACCACGGCUUGCUCAGCUGCCUCCGCCAGCUGCGCCAAAAGAAAGCAUCCAAGAAGCUUUUCAAGAGGCUGGAGAAGGAGCUGAGCCAGCAGGAGCAAAAAAAAACCAAGAUGUCCAUCGCCAGCAGUCAGACCCGCUCCUGGCUGCAGAAGCCCCCGUACCUCGGCACAGCCGGCUGUGGGCUCAGUGCAGUGGGUGCAAUCCUGCCCCACGGCUGA